CCCGCGCCCCGCGCCGCCCCUCUGUCCGCGAACCAAACCAACGAAGCCAGCGCCGCGGUGUAGCCAACACCCUCUGCUAUUAUAGCCACCACCGCCGGCCCGCGCCUCUCCUCCCCAACGUCUCUGCGCGUGCCGUGCCGGUCUGCAGGAUCGCCGGAUCCCCCCUCCCUCCCCCCUUCCCCUUCACCUCACCAUGAUGACAAUGCCGGACGCGGACCGCGCGGCCAUGACGGCGCCGCUGCUCCCACGGCCCGCGUACCUGACAGCCUCCCUCUCCUCCUCUUCCUUCGCGUCCUUCAACUCCUCCUCUUCCUCCUCCUCCACCACCUCCACCACCACCUCCUCCUCCCCCUCACCCCACGCUUUCCCGCCUCACGCGAUGCCGCAGCCGCAGGGUCCGUGCAAGGCGCUGGCGGUGCUACGGGACCACGCGGGCUCCGUCUCCAGCCUCUCGCUCUGCGGGGAGUUCCUGCUCAGCGCGUCCACGGGCGGGGACAUCGUGGCGUGGCAGCAGCCGGACCUGCGGCGCUUCGCGCGGUUCGGCCACGGCGAGAACGGUGGCUCCGUCAAGGCGCUGGCGGCCGCGGGCGGGCGGGUCUUCUCCGCGCACCAGGACGGCCGCGUCCGCGUCUGGCGCGUCUCCCGCCGCUCCCGCUCUGAGAACGCCUUCAAGCUCGUCGCCGCGCUGCCCACCGCCAGGGACUACCUGGGCCGGGUGUUCCGCCAGGCCAGCUACGUGCAGACACGGCGGAACCACCGGCGCCUCUGGAUCGAGCACGCCGACAGCAUCUCCUGCCUCGCCGUGCACGACGCCGUGCUCUACUCGGGCUCCUGGGACCGCACGCUCAAGGUCUGGCGCAUCGCCGACCUCAAGUGCCUCGAGUCCAUCCGCGCCCACGACGACGCCGUCAACGCCGUCGCCGCCGACGCGGGGGUCGUCUACUCCGCCUCCGCCGACGGCCGCGUCAAGGCGUGGGAGAAGGGCAAGGCGGCGCAUUUCCUCCAGGGCGUCCUCGUCGCCCGCGACGGCGUCUCCUGGAACGCGCUCGCCGUCUCCGCCGCCGACCGCCGCGUCUACGCCGCGGGCUCCGAUGGCCACGUCGCCGGCUGGGACCGCCUCGGCGGCAGGACCGCCGCACGCUGGAGCCUCGCGUGCGACGUCAAGGCGCACGACAUGGCCGUGCUGUCCCUCUGCGUCGUCAGGGACCUGCUCUGCACCGGCUCCGCCGACAAGACCAUCGGCCUGUGGCGCCGGCAGAGCGGCGGCGAGCUGGCCAAGGUGGGCGUCGUUGGAGGCCACGAGGGCCCCGUCAAAUGUAUCCAGGCGUCAUGGUGCAGGCUCAGCAAUGGCUGCAUGGUCUACAGCGGGAGCCUUGACAAGACCAUCAGAGUUUGGUGGGUGCCCGGUGCUUUGCAGGAUGGCAAUGACCACCAGGAGCAGCAGCAAGAAAAGAGCUUCAAGGAUCAGAAUCAGAAUCAGAAUGAGAAGGCUUCUUUGUUCUUGAGAUGAAACGUGUCUGUUUCAAAUUUCAAAACCAAUUGAUUGAGAUUCCUCAGGUCUAGUCUGUAUUUUGGAUUGUUUGGUUGACGGUGCCGGACUUGGUUGUUUUCUAUAUUAGAUUAGAUGGAGGGGGAGAAAAAACAUACAAGGAUAAAUGUAUAACACACAAAGGUAGCCAUAGAGUGGGUGUGAUUCUGUAAAUGGCUGUAUACUAUGCUCUGAUUCUUCUUUGAUAUAGGUUUUGAUUAAAUGGAGAGAGAAAAAAAAAGGUUCAGUGACCUUA